CGCCGAUUGAAGGCCUGCUCCCUCGCUUCACAUUGCUUCUAUCCAAUGCCUUCAGGGAGUUGGCAUCUAUGUCACUGUACUCACGCAUUGGGGCUGUAGCGCGGCAGCUGACGCGCAUGCCAUCUGGUGUCUCACCAUCGCAGUGCCGCGCUUUUUCGGUAAACAACUGGAGAGCUUCAUAUACCCAGCCCACCCCGUCCCAGCUACUUAGAUUCGCCCUCACGGGUACGACAAAACCUUCUCAAAACGAUGUCUCCAAUCCAGAACUCGACCAACAUCUGUCGGAAAUCUUUCUUGGAGACUGGCCACUAAAAUCGUUACCUCCUCCAUUCUGGGGUUCUUCUCAGCGGCAGACGGAAAGCCCCGAUGAUUUCGUGUCGUUCAUGGCCAUGACACAUAAUGUAAGGAAUCUUCGUCACCUGCAGGUGUUUAUCGAAAGGAACGUGAAUGAGGAAGAGGGCAGCUUGUUGUUGCAGGCGCGAUCCUGUACCCUUCUAGCGCAGGCGCUGAAACGUUGCCGACGGCGUAACUCAUACGGGGAGAUUCUCUCAGCGCUCAAUGCCAUCAUUACAAGAUUAGAGAAGCUGAGGUUACCGCGCUCCGGGGAUAUAUACUUCCUAGGCAUGUACUAUGCUGCUCUCACAUUGUCUGUACCGGCCCUUGAAAGGUUUAUGGAAGGGUAUGUUUCCGUUAGCUCGUCGCCCUUGGGUUUUCAAGCCAGCACAUCUCUGGUAGAUGCACUUCUCGAUGCCCUCCACUCCAUGAAGUUCCGGGGAAAGGCAGAUAAGACACACAUCAUACUCGAAAUGAUCAAUGGAAAAGAUCAGUGCAGUCAAAGAAGCCUACACAAUUUACUGUGCUGGGAUAGUCCCGAUAAUCCGACAGCAUCCAAUGGACAAUAUCUCUCUUUGCUGGCUAGGCUGCGGAGCGAGAAGCUUCUAACCGAAGUAUGGUCCCGGACGCUACAGAAGCUAUCUUCUGGCUCCUCAUCUGAACUGUUUGAGUCUGCAUAUUCUUGCGUGGUGGCUCUGGUCGAUAUCGGUGAAGUACCGAGAGCCUUACAGUACCUGACAGAAGUAUCAGAACGCUCCAAUGGUACUUUGCCUGGGAUCUCGAGAUUCAACGGUCUAACUGCUCUCCUUGCCUCUGAAGCCGUUAGUGCCCUACUGCCGCAGCUUGCAGGACGAAGGCAAUACCUCAAGCUUCUUGAAGUUCAACUUGUGGACAUCGAGAACAGAUUAGGACUUCGCUGGGAGCCUGAUGGACCAUAUCAUACAAGUGCCUCUGACCCCCUCUUGGUUGCUUCGGAGCAGCCACUCCUUACUUUAGACGGUGACAGCACAGGUUAUGAGACCACUGUACGCUUUUUCUCAGAGAUGAAAGCGCUGGGAUGCUCAAGGUCGGCGGCAGAUCUUGGUAAAAUUGCGGAACUACUUGAUGAGCAUGAAGGAGAUGUGAUAUAUGUUUCGAUUCCAUCGACUGGAGCCUCGAAUUUCGAAUAUGCUUGGUUUCCUCGGCAUUCUCCGGUUCAGUUUACGGGCGCCGUUUCAUCGGCCACGGAAGAUAUUACUCCACCUUGGACACCUUCAACAUUAGGUUUAAUUCGAGUGAGCUACGACAACAAUGGAACCCCUCUCACUAGUGAGCGCUCUGUACAUGCGAUGCAGCUCGGCCCUUUGGUGAGGAGACCCAAAUGCAUCCCUGACUCGGACCCGAAUCACGCCCAUCCCUGGGAAGAAACUGGACACAUGGUUGCCUGGGAUCGUGUUUAUGGCAAGCUGAUUGCUGUAUUUGUCGGGCAAAGCAACGGUCCUAUCGAGCAUCGCAUAGACUCUCGAGCUGCACGGCCACAGUCUGGUCUCAACGCAAUCACGACAGUUGGUCUCCCUGGUGGUACGGCUACCUCCUCGAACAAUGAUAUCAUAUUAUCCAUCGGAAAUGGGUCUCUGUACUAUCAUAUUGAUACGGACCCAGGCCUAGACUUGAUACUUUGACCGCCAUGUGUGGUGGUCAUUGGUGUACAUAAGCAGUGAGCUUUUAGCGUUUGCUCGACAUGCCUCACUGGACACUUGGUUCGGUGCCUCCUCUGCAACUAUCAGAAAUCAAGCGAGUAGGCGCGGGUUGGCCUCCAGACGCCGAUUAUUGCAUUUCCACAAGUGCGUGUGCCUUAAGGUCUAUAUGCUAGCGUUGGUAAAGCUGCACUCUACCUGCG